AUGCCAACUCAAUUGCUCGUUGCUAAUCCCCACAUUUCAAUCCUUCCCUUUCAACCACCAAAUCAAUCAAUUGAAACACAAAAAGAAUUAUUAAACACAAUGUUGAGAUUCCAACACUCCAUGUUUUGCAAUAGAAUCAUCCUCAGCAGGUCAAUGCACCGCCCUCCGUCAUAUUUCAACGACCCUCUGGCAGUACCCAAACCAUUCAAUAACGCUAGCAAUGUCCCUGCUUCGGCCCAAAUCCAGGACGACCAGCCCAAUGGUGAUGAUAUUCCACCUCCAACUCUGCGAUCGAUGAAGGAUUUUGCCAUGGUUCUUGCGUCCUUGACGUUGGCAUACUUGGCAGUAGACAAUUACAAGAGCAGAGUCAAGAUCGAGAAGAUGAGUCAAGAAACCGCCGCAAUUAACAUGAAGACACUACAACUACAGCAGCAGAGUUUCGCAGGAGCAGUCAAGAAACAAGAGCUCCGGAUUCUUAAUGAAAGAAUGGUAACAUCGAAAAGGUGCUUCAAGAUGGCCCUUCACAUCGCCAUGCUUCGUAGACAACUAGCCGAAAAGGGAAUUGAUCCUACCACCAUAGAUGAAGUCGCUGCCGAAUUCGACAAAAGCGUGAAAAUGAGCAACGGCAGUCCCGGUAGUCUUUUGUGGUUGGAUGAUGACUCUAAGUUCAAGCCUGAUCUACCAGACUACAGGGAGUACGACCGCAAAGGCAACGAAUAA